UAUCAUAUGGUCUUGAAGGCCAGUGCGGUUUCAACAAGUGUUAAGGAAAUUUUGGAGAAAAAAGUUGAACUAAUAUUAGUCCCACGGCCGUCAACAGCUGGAGACGGCAAUGGAUUGGUUGAAAUUGUUCGCUCUUUUGGUUGCUGUUGCUUCCAUUCAUGUUACGGCAGAAGGACCUAAGAAAAAGAUCCGCAUACAUUUACCACAAAAGGUGAAACACAUUCAUCAUCACAAAAAGAUAUAUAUCACGAAUCAUCCUGCGUCUUCGCAGUAUGCGCCGGCAUACAUGCCCAGUGCUGAAGGGGCGGUGGCAGUGCCAACUAACGUCGCCCUGCCAGCGGUAACGAAUAUCGUGCCGUUAAACUCAAUUGAAGUGUAUGAUGAGACCCAAGGUCGUGUGCCUGGGAUGUUGGCGGCGUCAUCUAAACUUUUGCCCCUAUACCGUGCGCGAGGUUACUACGGCCCUCCACCGACUGAAUGGGAUGACCAAGAGUAUGAUUUGGCUCCCCCGCCGGAACAGACAGAACAUUCGUAUGUUCCGACUGCAUUCUCAGCACCUUCCGGAGCGGCGGCAGCCCCAUCUAAUCAUCCACCCAAGCGAGUUAAAGUAGUAAAGGUCAAUGAACAACCACGCAAAAAGGUCGGGCGGAAGACGAAACCGAAGAGGGUUGUUAUACGUGGACGGCCACAGCCGGAAGAGGAACAUCCGGUGUCGACAUUUCACGAACAGUUUUAUUCUGACCUGGACGGGUCUGGGACUAUAAGAAAAAUUAAGAAACCGCAACGAGUUGAAAAAAUAAUCGACGGUGAUACCGAACACAUACACACAUACAGCGAAGAGCAUAUCCACAAGUUAGUUUUCGACGACGGGUCUACUCAAAUAACCAGUAUGGUCGGAGUAAGCCCUGUUAACGGUAUUUCUGCACUUUCCGCGCCGCACCCAUUAAUGCCUAUGAAGAAGCCACAAACGCUACUGGCUUAUCCAUCGGAUGCGUUAGCAGAAUUUGCCUCCAUAGGUUCCAUGGGAACGCCAUCUCAUCUGGAAUACGCAGCUUAUAACCCCCGUGAAGUUACACAUGAUCACAUUUUCCACGAUCACGGGGAGAUUCCUCCGGACAUGGACGUAGUUAGAGAUCCUCUAUCAAUACCUCCAAAGGUUUCUUAUAACAGUCAAGGAUUACGCAUUGGGGGGGUGCCGAAAUUAGUCAAAAAUAAAUAUUCCCAUAAAUACACAAAGCCCACAAAGCCAACAGGUGUAAAAGAUUAUUCUUACUACGAAAAUAUGUAUAAUCCAUACAACAGGAUACGAAACAUACAAAAACCAACGAAUUCUCCACCACAUUAUGGGGCUUCAACGGAAAUGAAUGUAGACGAUUACAGACCUUUACCAUCGUUUAAAUUUAAAGAUAAGGGAUAUUCGAAACCGCGUAAUGUAGUUCCAGCACUUUAUUUCAACAGUGGGAAACAAGUGACUGAUUAUCGACAACAGGAGGCGAGUGUCCCUGCACCUUUCUCUGUAUCCUCUACAAUAGUACAUGAUUACAAGCCCAAACCAUAUCACGGGCACUUUACCGGUCCAGCUGGGUUCACAAAGUAUCAAGAUCCAUUAUUAAAUUUCAAAGAUAAUAGUUAUUCCAACAACUUUGGAUAUGACACUUACGCGUCACCAUCAGCUAUCGUAUAUAACACAAAUGAAGAAAGAAACGAGAAUCCAUCAUGGAUGUAUCAAGGGAAAAGAGGGAAAAAGAAAUCUGUUUCAACACAGAAUAUUAAUUUUGGAGGACUAGAUCAUCACACUACAGUUGAUCAUCUGGAAGAUUCUGGUAUCUCGGCUAUAUCAAUGAACGAUGGUUCUCCAACUGCUUUAGAACAUUAUAAUGAGUAUGAUCAACCGAAAAUACCAGAUUAUGUCACGUCUACACCAUUUACGAUAAAAGAAACAUCGCCAGUUCAUCCCUACUAUUCAGCCAUGGCAGUAAAGGCGUUAAAUGGUGACCAGUUGUCGGUAGCGGAGGCAUCAAACAACAACUUCCAGUAUGCUGAAGCACCCAAUCUGUCAACUACGCCCUUCCCGUCGUCUCUAGCGACGACAACUAGUCAGCCACCAGAACGUUAUGAAGUUCAAAGUACGGAAGCUUUGGUGACAGAGCCAAUUGAUUACAUGACUGAUACAAGGCAAAGGCACAGACAAAAGGAUAAAAACUUUGACAUUCACAAAGAUCACAGACAAAAAUAUCCUACGGCGGAACUAAACCCCCAGAGCAAAGAUUUUAGUUUACCAGUAAAGCCAAUGCCCACACGCACAAUACUGAAUGGGCCUAAUUAUUCGUAUAAGAACAACGAAGAAUCAUCAAGUACAAUGGGUACUCUGAAGUACGGUGAUAAAAUUUAAAACAAUAAAAGUGAACAAGUCAGAGUUUAAUCAAUUAUUCUUAAACUACAGGUGAACUAAAAUGAGACUGAUGAAAUCUAAAAACUGUUCCUUCUCCUAUGAUUUAGUUUAUUAUUUAUUAAGAAAUGUUAUAGCUAAAGUAAUCAUGUCUGAUUAUUAGCUAUAUAUAAAAUGCGAACGACAAUCGCAUUUGUGCAUUUCAUACGAAUAUUUAAGCAAAUUGACAGAAUAAAAAUACAAAUGUAAAUAAAAUGAA